GGCAAUUUCGACUCCGAGGACCGAGCGAGCUGGUACUGGGGGAGGCAGAACCGUCAGGAGGCGGUGAACCUACUACAGGGCCAGCGGCACGGGGUCUUCCUGGUGCGGGACUCCACCACCAUCCCCGGGGACUACGUGCUGUCCGUCAGCGAGAACUCCAAAGUCUCCCAUUACAUCAUCAACAGCGUCAGCAACAACCGGCAGAGCGGCAUGGGCCAGACCAGGUUUCGGAUAGGGGAUCAAGAGUUUGACUCAUUACCUACUCUACUGGAAUUUUAUAAGAUACAUUAUCUGGACACUACCACUUUAAUAGAACCUGUUUCUAAGUCUAAGCAGUCUGGUGUGAUCCAGAAGCAGGAGGAAGCAGAAUAUGUACGGGCUCUUUUUGACUUUAAUGGCAACGAUGAAGAAGAUCUUCCAUUUAAGAAAGGAGACAUCCUGAGAAUCCGGGAUAAGCCUGAGGAACAGUGGUGGAAUGCAGAG